GGCAACGACUGCCAACGAGGCCGUUAAAAUUGUGCAGAUAUACGGUUGUGCUGAUGAAGUAUGGUGUAAGUACCCUGUUUAUACGGUAAAGCAUUGAUGGCGAAAAGUAAUCUAGUCAGUUGUAUGUUUAUACAAAAUGAUUUGAAGGCAUCAAGUCUUGUAAAUUGAAGGAAUAAUAAAAGAGUGAGUAUAGAUUUUUAACCGUCAGUCGAAAGCGUGAUAAUCCUGUCAAUUCAUGUCAUUGGUGGUAACGGUCGUACGAUGUGAGAAGAGUAUAGGCCUAAAGGAAACCUAGAUCAGCGUGCCAUUUACUGGUGAUCUAAAAUUUAAAAUAAGAAAUUUCGAAAUUUCAAGCUUCAUUGAGACAACACUUGGAUGAUGUAGCAAGGCUAUGUCAUGGUGCCAAAAUUGAUUAUCAUUUACGUCUGUGCGGGUGUGGUGUCUUUUGUUGCUUUCUCCUUUUUCAUUCUUCUGCUUUACCGCUGGAGAAUUAACAAACCGAAGAAGAAUAGAUAUCCCUCAAUCGUCUUGACAUCCCAUGAUAGCCCGCAAUUAAAAGAGAAACGACUCUGGAGUCCCCCAGAGAGCAAGGACGCUACAAAAGGGACUGCAACAAGAGCAGAGCGUAGUGACAAGACAAGAAGUUACUGGUUUCCAAAGACUGAUAUUCGACCAUUUCUUGCACCUUUAUCAGGCGAAUAUCAACAACCCGUGGCUUGUAAACAAACAGAUGAUAUCGUAAAAGGUCGUUUAAAGUUUUCCUUCGGCUAUGAUUACAAUAUGGAAAAGGAAAAGUCACUCCUGACAGUAAAAUUGCAUCACGGACGCGACUACACGGACGAAUUUAACAACAUGUCGAUGGAUUCGUUUGUAAAAACACGUCUGCUACCGAGUGGACUUCAAAUAUUCACAUCUAAACUUCAGCGCAGAACGCUGAAUCCGAACUACAACGAAACUUAUCAAUUUGAAAUUGAAUAUUCAAUGUUGAGCACGCAAGUGCUCUGCUUUGAGGUAUUUCGCUACGACUGCGUCUCCAGGCACAGCAUUUUCGGUGAAGUAAUUGCGCCGUUCAAAGAUCUGGGUUUCAGUGGUACGGGAAAUGUUAUUAAAGAAAUCUCAAUGUCGAUGAAUAUAACUGAGCCUAAUACUGCGACAUCGGGGACUAAACAGAAAUGUGGUAAUAACAAUGACAUCAUUGGAGGUGAUAUAAAGAUCGUAGAACAAGAUGAUGGUACCAUUUUUCAAGAUACCUAACCAGGCAUAAGUGCACAUCAAUUAUCAUAUUACAAACUCACUGGCAAAAAUCAUUUGAAAAUUAAUGACAUUCAAGACUGCUUUUGCACAAAUUAAUACAGGGGCAGCGAAACCAAUACGUUGCGGUCCCCCAACUUUUGAAAAUCACCAAGUUCCUUUUUCAAGCGAGUAUACAUGCAUGCUCUUUUUGGAAUCAUGCAUUGUGCAUUAUAAUAUAAUGAACUAAAAUUACUAAAUCAAUAAUCUACGAUGAUUAUACCAGGAUGAUUACCAAAAAUGAGAACACUGAUUUCAGCGCCCCCCCCCCCCAUUUUAAAUUGUUCCGCAACCCUUGAUCAUUCAUAAGACGUCGUCCUAUCGAAAGGCGGUAUCCGACUAUCCCAAACAUGCUGU